CGGGAAUUCAACGAGAGCGGUUGUGAAAAACGGCAAACAAAGAAAAUAUAAAAUAACAAAUUACUAAAACAUAAAAACUAAUAAAUUUAUAAGAAAAAAAAUACAAAAAAAGAACAAUUUAAAAAAAAUCGUGUAUAAAAAAGACAAGCUUAUUAUUAAUUUAAAUAAAUAAACAAUUAAGACAAUUUUUUAUAACGUUAUUAUAACGUACAGUGUGAACAGACGUAAAAAAAUCAUUAAAAAAGUGAUACAAAAAACAACUGAAAAAAAAAAAACAUAAAAAUGUGGCUUCAUAUAUUCUGUCCCCUGCUGGUGAUUGUUGCAGCAACUGCGUCCGUCUUACAAAUUGAUCAGAAUUUAAAAAAUAUUAAAUUAAUUGAAAGUAAAUUUAUACCGGAUGUCAAUGUUUUACCAGCCGAUCAAACUAUUAACAGUAACGAUGAAAAUUGGCAGCAAGUGAGACGUUUCAUGGAGGAUGGUUUACCCGUUUUGGAAUUGUAUGGCUAUAAGCCGCAGAGAGAUAUACCAUUCACUUUGAUUAUACCUAAAAUUGAUGUUCGUACAAUUGAAAAACCACGUUUGAAAGAGUUUAUGUUGGAGCAUAUGGUGCCGGGUCGUGCAUUCGAUAACUAUGCUGAUGAGGAGAACUCCUCAUCGUUUGGUAAUGGUAAUGGGCAUAAAAUUGUUUUUCGCAAAUUAGAAAAAUCCCCCAACAAUGUGGUGUGGCUAUUGAAUGGUUUUCAAAUACUACAUCGUGUACGCAUCAACGACAAUCUAAUUGCUUUGGCUAUUGAUGGAUAUUUGGGUGAUCGGAAGUCACCCUAUUCGAAACGUAAUAUACAGGAAAGCAGUAAUAGUCGUUACAAUGAACCACAACGUUUAGAGAUGCGCAAUUCAACCAGCAAUAUUGCACAUACGAAAAAUGAACCCAUUUUAAAGGAGUCAAAGGCGAGCCCUUUAAUGUCAUUUCUUGGCAGCAUGAAAAGUGGCACAAAAGUUUUCCAGCACUUCCUGUCGAAAAGUAAUCUUACACAAAUAAUGGACGAUGGUUCUUAUACAAUUCUCAUACCCACCGACAAUGCAUUUCAACGUUGGCAUCCCAUCGAUUGGGGUUUCUAUCCGUUCAGUGUACAAGAUUUCACAGAAAGUGUGUUGCGCAAUCAUUUCUUGCCCACCCAAAAGCCUUUACGUAUGAGUGACGUUAAGAAUAUGGAUCAAAUGGUUGUACGCACCAUGGGUGGUGAGAAUGUCAUCUUCAGAGGUCAACCUGCACCUUCGGUCAACAAUGUAUCCAUAAUGUCCGAUUACACAUUGUCUAAUGGUAAUCAGGUAUUUAUUAUAGCAGAGGUAUUGUUUGUCUCCGAGGCUGUUGUAUCCAAAUUGCAUCAGAUGCACAAGGAUAAGGAGACACCACCAUUAUUGGCCUUCCCUUGGUUUGGUGCACAAUUUUUGUCACAUUCAUUUUUGGCUUUGGAACGAGAUCCCAGAUUUACACAAAUCACCAGAUUUUUAAAUAAUGCUGAAAUAGCACCACAUGUAUCAGGAGCCAAUUACACAUUCUUUGUUCCGGACGAUAAAGCAUUUGAGAAAUUAGGAUUUGAUAAAUUAAGUGAUGAUGUUAUGGCCUCACAACGCGGUGUUAAAAUGCUCUUAAAUCACUUCGUUAAGGGACGUCUUUACAAUCGCGACUUAAAGGACAAUGAAGUUUUCGAAACAAUCGGUGGGGGACACAUAAAAAUCACACGAAAUCCCGGCAGUAAUGCAACAAGUGUUAAUAAUGCCAAAAUAACAGAAAGUGAAGUAUUUGUCUAUAAUUUGGGCACCAUGUUCUAUAUAGACGAUAUACUAUACUCACAUCUGUUGAGAGAAUAUGUGAUCAAACAUAAAUCGCGGACAAAUUAUGCCGGCGGCAAUAAUGGACGAUCAUCGACUUUGGGUACACCCACCGAUGUUGAAAUAGUACCAAAUGAAUUUGAUCAUGAACAGAGUGGUGGUAAUGGUGAUUAUUCCAUACAUGAUGAUGAUUUCGAUGAUGAAAUAAUAACACCAAAAGCGCUUCCCGUCCAAUUUUAUGAAUUACCAAAAUAAAAUAAUUAAUUUAUUAUAAUUUUUGCAAGCAAAAAGUUUUGAACAAAAUACUAGUAAAAGAAAUUAAUAAAUUAGAGUUUUUAUUUUAUUAUUUUUUUUUUUUUUUUUGAUAAGCAAAAGAAAUUAUAAGGAAAAUUAGUCAAAAGACAAAAACUAAAUUGAAGUGAGAAAAAAAUUUUUUAAAAUUAAAAAAAUUCUUUGUAAGAAGUAUAUUUAUUAUACCAUAAUCUGAUUAUAAUUAUUAUUAAAUAUUAUUAUAUAUUAUUAUGAUUAAUUUUUAAGGGAGAGAUUGUUAGAAGGCUUUAAGCUUUUUUUCUUUAAUUGUGUAUAGUUUUUAGAGAUUAUUUUGACUACUAUUGUAUGCAUUUUUAAAAACAAACAUAUAAAAUCGAAAAAAAUAUACCGAAAAAAACAACAAAAUAUAUAUUUAAUGUUAAUUUUGUGUAGAUUUAUAAUAACAAAAACAAAACAAUUUAAUUAGGUUUAUUAUUUUCUAUACUUUUUUUUUUUUUUUGAUAUAAAUUUGAUAGCCAGACAAAAAUACAUAAUAACACCUAAAAAUUCCGUUAGUAUAUACUACUUACUAUAUACAUAAAAAUAUACCUAAUGAAAUCUAUCUAUAUUGUCAACCAAGUAUACUUAGAGUUUUAAUCGAAAAAAAAUAAGCAAAAUUUUGAACAUGAACAACAUUUAAACUUUUUUUGUAGAAAUUAAGUCUAAAAGUAAAAGAAAACUAAAUUAAAACUUAAGGCCCAAAUAGACUACACAAGCGGCUUGACAAACAUACUUUUUUCAUUUCAACACAUACUACGCAAACAUUGCUAGUACAAACACCGAUUUUUUCACGAUUUUGUGGACUUGUAAAGAUAUAAAUGUAAAUUUUUCUUCGAAAUAUAAAUUUUGUAAAAAAUUGUUUUUUAUGAAUAUAAACAAUACAAACGGUUUGACAAAAACUCAAUAUGUUUGUGUAAAAAUCAAUUUUUUUAAUUUUUGUACAAGCAAAUUUUGUGCAAGCAUUUGUACAAACAUUAAACACCCUCAUACACUACACAACAGGCUUGCACAAACGUAAAAUACUAGUAUAUUUGUCAAGCCGCUUGUGUAGUCUAUUUGGCCCUUUAAAGUAUUACUCUCUCCAAACUGGCUAAGGGCACUUCACGCGAUCACACUUCGUAUAA